UCCCUUUCCCGCGCCGGCAUUGCGAUCGGCGCGCGGCCUCGUCCGGACCGGUAAACCCAGCGCGAAAACUCCCAUUCCUUCGGCCUCGACGUGCGCACCGGUGAUCAUGCUGCGAACGGGGCUUUGUGUAGUCGCGGAAGCGCCGGCGGCUCUGCGGGCGACACCAAAGACAAUGGCGACGCUGCGCGCGACGACUCGGUCCGCGCGCUUGACCUCCGCGACACCGACCAUACCCAGAAUACGAUGCGUGCACUCUUCUGCGGCUGCCAGGGCGGCUGCGGCGAAGGCAGAGGCCGCGCCUGAGUCGAGAGAGCCGCCCAAGUGGACGCCGCUGUCGGUGCGCACGGGCGUCAUCGCGCGGAAGAAGGGAAUGACGACCAUCUUCAAUGAGCAUGGCGUGGCGUGUCCAGUGACGGUGCUGCAGCUCGAGAACUGCCAGGUGACGGCCAACAUCCGGACUGUGAGGCGCGAUCAUACGGUGUACCACGCCGUGCAGGUCGCGGCGAGCGACAAGGCGGCGAAGAACACGUCGAUUCAAAUGCUGGGGCACUUUAAUAAGGCAGGAGUUCCCCCGAAGCAGGUCGUGAAGGAGUUCCCUGUGACGCCGGAUGCGGUGGUGCCAGUUGGAACGACCCUUUCAGCAUGUCAUUUCGUACCAGGGCAGUAUGUGGACGUGGUGGCGAACUCCAUCGGAAAGGGCUUCCAGGGUGGUAUGAAGCGAUGGGGCUUCGGUGGUCUCGCAGCAAGUCACGGUGCUUCCAUCUCUCACCGUUCCCUCGGUUCGACCGGCCAGAACACUGACCCCGCUCGCGUUUGGCCCGGUCGCAAGAUGGCCGGUCGACUCGGCAACGAGCGCACCACCACCCAGAACCUCCUCGUCGAGCGCAUCGACAACGAGCUGAACAUCGUCUACGUGCGCGGAGCGGUCCCGGGCGUGGACGACGCCUUCGUCCAGGUGCGCGACGCCAAGAAGAAGGCCGCGGUGGGCAAGCACGCCCAGGAGCGCGGCGCCACGGACAAGAUCCUGCCCAAGGGCGUGCUCGACCUCCCCUUCCCGGCGGGUACGAAGGAGCUAGCGGAGACGCUGCCUCCCAUCGUGCAGAUGGCGCCGAACCGGAGGAAUCCUUUCACGAUGGCCGACUAGAUGUAGUUGCCUGUCCUCUAUACGUAUAUCGCUCUAUAUUACUUACCACUCAUGCUACCACUGGGGAUUGAACUUGAAUCGACGCGAACGUGAG